AUGGGGUCUUCUUGCAUGCACGCCUUCGCAGUGAUUGGCAUCGUAUGUACGGCGGCUAUAUCGCUCGCGAUUCUGCUGUUCGUGUGGCGACUGGUCAAGGUUUAUGUCCUGGCACGUCCAUUGAAGCUGCAUGCAGACCUAAAGGAGAUGGGCAGUUGGGCAGUAGUGACAGCGCUGAAGGUGUCGUGUCACGUUACAAAGGCUACGGACGGUAUCGGGAAGCAGUAUGCACUGCACCUAGCAGAGCUCGGUUUGAACAUUGUGCUCGUCGGCCGCUCGCCGGAGAAGCUGAAGGCGACGGAGGAUGAGGUUCGCGCGCGCGGCAACGUGCAGGUGAAGACGGUCGUCGUCGAUUGCAGCGGCGGCAGGGAGAUAUACGCAGACGUCGAGCGGGAGCUGAGUGAGCUGGAGAUCGGCGUGCUGGUCAACAACGUCGGCAUGGCGUACCCAGGCCUCUACAGCGACUUCCUGGCCAUCAGCAGGGAUUAUCACGCGGAUAUGAUCAACGUCAACAACCUGUCAUACGUCAUGAUGACGCACAUUGUGCUGCCGCAGAUGAUCUCUCGCAAGCGUGGAACUAUCGUCAACAUUUCCUCUGACAGCGCUCGAGUGCCUUACCCGUUCCUGGCCACCUACAGUGCAACAAAGGCAUUCGUCGACUUCUUAACAAGGUCGCUGGAGACGGAACUGCAAGGCACAGGGGUGAUUAUUCAGGGAGUGUUGCCAGGAUUUGUUGCUACAAAGAUGUCGUUAGAGGACGUGAGCUUCUACUGUCCGUCCGCGUCGGUGUAUGUCCGUAGCGCUCUCACUACCAUCGGGGUACAGUCUCGCACGAGCGGCUACCUUGUACACGCUCUGCAGGUCCUCCUCAUGAAAAUAGUUCCAGAUUUCGUGGUUUUCAAAUUCAUUAAAUUGGAAAUGGAGAAGAGAAUGAGUCAUCCAAAGUUAACAUAGAUUGGAGUUCUUAGCACCAUCAAGUUUUCACUAGUGCCACAUAACAAUUGCUAUACGUACUACUAGAUGUUAAGUUAAUUAUUAAAUGAAACUUUAUUCAGAAAUGAAAGCAAUUAGUCGACUGUGACGUUUUCUAACCUGUGGGUUAAACCUAUAUAGCACGAUUAUAAUUACUAGGGAGGAUUUUCUAAGUUUUAUUGUCUUCAUUUAAUGAAAAAUGUUACAUACAUUUUAUAUUCUCUUUUGAAUCUAUACAAUUUUAGUUUUUUGGCAUAUGUACAAUUUUAAUUGUUUUUAAAGUUCCAUUUUGAAGUAGUGAAGCCUUUUUGUAACUUCAGAGGAGGCUUCGUUUGAUUCACAGUUACAUGUAAACAUGACAUUCAUUGGCAAUGAUCGCACAAUUAUGUAUAAUUGGAAAUUACAAUAUUUAUGUAUCAGUUUGUCUUAGAUACUAGCUGGUUAUACAAAUAUUUGUAAAUAAAAUAAAUGAUAA